CACAUUCUAUCAACAAAUAUCUCUUUCGAUUCACAGCGCUUCUCUCUCUCUCUCUCUCUCUCUCUCUCUCUGUGUUCAUAUGGGCAGGUCUUUAAGUUGCCUUCCCCACUGUUCCCCAUAUCCCAAUCCUUCUUAAAUCCUUGUUUCAUUUUUCAAUUUCCUCUUCAGAUCAUUGCUUGUAUGCCUCUCAAAUCCUCCACUUUUUCUGCUCUUCAAUCCACCAACGCCCUCAUGAAUAAUCCUUCUCUGUUUUUGUGAUUUUCUUUUCGUUUUCUGCAGAUUCACUUACUGUAAUGCCUUCUUUCCAUUGAUUCGUAUGGCCUUCGUUUCUUAUCAGUGGCCAUCUGUUGCGUGAUUUUUUUCGUUCUUGGAGUUCUUAAAGAGGAUGGGUAGAGGUCGAGGAAAGGGGAGGAAGUUGACCGUUACAAAUCAUGACGAUGCUGGAAGUGGUGAGGAAGAGAAGAUUCCUGCGCAAAAGCGAAGGGGAAGGCCACAAAAGCCAUUGAAGGACGAGAUCGACGAGGAAGAAGCUGAAAAGAUAGAAGACGACGACAUCGAGAACGUGAAAGGCAAUGAAAUUGUGAGCAAGGAGAUGAAAAGCAGCAGCAGCCCAGCUGCAGCAACAGAGAAUGGGAAAAGGAGGAGAAGAAGCUCACAAGUGAAAGAAAAGCUCGAUCCAGUCAAAGACGAAAAUGGAGACGGAACACGAUCAAGCACCGAUGAAUCAACCAGAUCGAAUGGAUUUCGCCACAACGGAAGCAGGAGAAAAAGCAAGCCCCGUCGAGCUGCUGAAGCAGGCGUUAACUGCAAGUGAAACAACUCUGAAAGAAUCUGGUUUUUCAAGGUAGAAAAUGAGGCAUAGUGAGUGAGUGAUCUUCCAGAUUACACCAUAUUUUGUGUUCUCAAUCUCUUCUUCUCUUCAUAUAACUAUUUCCCAUCAUCAUCAUCAUCAUCAUCAUUCCUUUGUUAUUUCUAAAAAAAAAUGUUGAAUU